UCGAAAAUAAUACUCCCUUUUGACUUGAAUUGAACGGAAGAGUCGCGUUUUCGGUUAUCUUGUAAGCAGCAAGUUUUCCGAAAAAAAUGGCGCCGUUGACUUUGGUGGCUUUAACUGAAGAAUGGAUAAUGAACAAAUUGGGAUUAAGUCAUCAACGCCUCGGGGAUGUUCGUUCACUGAGUCUCCCUGGGACAUACAAUCAGAAAAUCGGAUACCUGGGAAAUGGACUGGCCAACUUUGAACGUCUAAAAUCUCUGAAUCUUUCGCAUAAUUCAAUAGUCUCUGUUGAGGGUCUGCAACAUUUGAAACAUUUACAGAUCCUAAAUCUCUACUAUAAUUGCAUACCUUCCCUGGAAGAGGUAAAGGUCCUCUUUGAGUUGCCGGUUUUGAGAGACCUUGAUCUGAGACUCAAUCCUCUGGGCAAGACUGACCCGAAUUACCGACCUUACGUCGUGCAUGCCAUGGCCGGCCUGCGCAAGUUAGACGGAUGUCUGGUCAAAGAUGCUGAGCGCAAGUCGGCUAAAAGGCAGUAUUCACAGCAAAGAAAUCGUAAUAACCGACAAGCCUUAGUGGAGCGCCUCAGCAGGAAGCUCUCCCUAUUGAAUGACACUGAUGGUGUUGAGUUGAACCACACUGGCGCCAAUCACAGAAGCGGCAGUUACUCAAAUGCAGAAUUGCAGUCUUCUAAUCAACAGCCGGCUCAAGAGCACCAAUAUCCCAGUUCCCACCAUUCUGGCUCCAACCCCGUUUUGUAUCCUUCAUGGGUGACUGAAGUUACUGGCACACCGGCACAAGCAGAAAACAAGCAGCAGGAGAGUUACAGGAAGCCCUUGGGAGAACUGCUCGACCUCUUGGACAAACAUUGGGUGGGAGAGAGAACUCUGCAACUUAACACCAACUUCCUGAGUGAGUUCGCUUUGGGGAUUUUAUCUAAUUGCAGGAAUUUGAGAUUAAAAAAAGAAAAAAAAUCUUCACAUUCUUUCCCUUUUCUGGAUCCAGCUCAGAUUGUCCAGAUUCUCUCUAUGAUGGAAAACCGUAUCUAUAAUCAGGAUGCUGAGAUAAAGACCUUAAAGGAGGAAGUGGGAGCGUUGUGUCUUUUUGCAGCUACGCAAGAACGACAACACAGAGCUGAUGUGAACAAAUUCACCGCUGAUCUGGGAGAGCUCAACGUGCAGCUGAGGGUUGCCUUGGAGGAGAACGUCGCCCUCCGUAAAGAGUUGCUCACAUCAGAACGCAUGUAUCGCCAGUAUAUGACAGAGCACCCGCCCACUUCUCACAAUAUCGAGGCUCAGAGAAGGGUGGAGGAGGUGAAGGAGGAGUUGGAAGAGCUGAGGAGAAGAGUGAAGCAGGCUCAGAGCGCCAAUGAACCUCCUCAGGUCAGAGCCGAUGGGAGUCUCAACAACACUGCAGCACAAUGAAUGCAUCAAGAUUGCGGCUGUGCUGCCCAAACAAGCUGUAACAUGACACUUUCACUUUCACAGCAGAGGUGUUUGGUGGGCCAUCUUUUUUAUUUUCAAUAAUGCACUACAAAUCAUGAACACACAAUUAAGAGGUCUAAAGAACAAGUACAUAGAUCCACUGCAUGCACCGGAGACACGAGAGCACAUUAAAAUGUUAUGGAAAAAAAAAAAAAAAAGAAUACACACAUAUUGUUCCUCCACAUUAAAGGUGCACAGUAUUUGGCAUUAAGCACAGGGAGCUUACUCGAGCGACUCCAGCAGACAAAAUAAUCACACUGAUAGCUGCUAUAGUUUUGUGGCUGCGACUGCAGGCAAGUGUGACAACAAACUUUUUGUUAAAAAAAUCUUUUACAAAAGUAUACUGUUUGGAUUUUUUUUCCCUUUUACAUCAGACAGUAUUUAAGGAUAUAACUGGCAUUCCCUGCUUGACUUCAGUUAAAUUUGUGCCUCGGAUGACAGUACCACACGUUAAAGGUUGUCCGGAUAACAAAUAUAACAGCAUUUGGUGUCAGCCAACUUUGUACAUGUACAUAUUCUAUAGAUUUCAAGCAAUAACACCGUUUCAUCAUCACUUUUCAUUACUUACGAUUUCUAAGCAAGAAAACAACUGUCCAGUAGUCUGUCCUUACAGCAGGCACAGUAGAUCAAAUACAACAUAGUCCUACUAUCAUUUCUGUGCUUCCCAAUCAAAUGUAAUAUACAUAAUAA